AUGAUAACAAACCGUUCUCGAUUUGUUUCACCAAAUUAUCAACCUAAAUCUCACCAUAAAAAUCCUACAACAAAUGAAAUUGAAGAUGGUGAAGAUAAUCCAGGUUUCUUAGAGCCUAAUGAUGAUAUUACUGAAACAAAUUUGGAACAAAUUCAAAAAAUUGAAUUGGAUAUUGAUAAUUUACAUGUUGCUUUUAGUACAGCAACUUCAACAGUUGAUAUCAAUGAUCGAAAAGAGUCAUUAAUUUCCACCCAACCUUUUGCUAUCGAUGAAAUUGAACAAGCAUCUGAUGAAGAAGUAGCAGCUAAUGUUUCAAAUAUAGAUGAUCCCAAUAUGUUAGUUUUAACAUUUCGAUCAUGGUUUCUUGGCUUAUUAUUUACAUGUCUUCUUUCAUUUGUAAAUCAAUUUUUUUGGUAUCGAACAUCACCGUUAUUUGUUGGUACACUUGUUGCUCAAUUAUUAACAUAUCCAUUAGGAAAAGGAAUGGCUAAAAUGUUACCAAAACGAAAAUUUAAAAUAUUUCGAUGGAGUUUUAGUCUUAAUCCAGGACCAUUUACUAUCAAGGAACAUUGUAUCAUUACAGCAAUGGCUAAUGCUACAUGUAGUACAGCAUAUGCAAUUGAUGUUCUUACAGCUUUACGAAUAUUUUAUAAACGAACACUUCAUCCAUUACUUGGUAUUAUUUUUGUCAUUACAUCACAAAUUCUAGGUUAUGGAAUAGCUGGCAUUAUGCGAAAAUUUCUUGUUUGGCCAUCUGCAAUGAUUUGGCCUGCUAAUCUUGUUAAUUGUGCUCUAUUUCGAACUUUACACGAAGAUAGAGAGGGUGUUGAUAUUAAUGAAGAAGGAGGAAAUACUGAAUCACGUUGGAAAAUGUCUCGUCUUCGAUUCUUUUUUCUUGCAUCUUUCUGUCAAUUUUUAUGGUAUUGGUU